UCGACACCUGACCUGUCAUUCUUUUUGCGCCUUAGACGCGAGUUUUGACGUCUGGGGAGUCGGCAGGGAGCCCUGGACCCUUGUGGCCCAGGCCGGAUCCCCAGCCUGAGGACGUAGAGGAACAAUGAUGCCCUGGGCCGUCCUGCUCCUCCUGGCGGGCUCCUUGGCCGUCCCAGCGCCAUCCAUAUUCCUGGUGCCCCCCUACCCAAGCAGCCAGGAGGACCCCAUCCACAUCACAUGCACGGCACCAAUGGCUUUCCUGGGGGCAAACUUCACGCUGUACCGAGGGGGUCACGUGGUGCAGCUGCUGCAGGCCCCUGCGGACCGAGCGGGGGUCACAUUCAAUGUGAGCGGCAGUGUGGGCGGCGAGGCCCCCAGCGGGCAGUUCCGCUGCCAGUACGGCGUGGUGGGCGAGCACAGCCAGCAGCAGCUGUCGGACCUCAGCCAGCCGGUGCAGGUCUCCAUCCCAGCUCCCACUUGGAUCCUGGCGCUCUCCCUUAGCCUGGCCGGAGUCUUCCUCCUCCUCGCUGUGCUGGUGGUCUUUGCUGUGGUGGCCAGGAAAGUUAAAGUAAAAAAUUUACAGAAGAAACGAGAGCGGGAGUCAUGCUGGGCGCAGGUUAACUACGCCAACACAGACCUGUCCUUCGACAACUCCCUGUUUGCAGUCUCGGCGGCGAAGAGGACCCCUUCUGAGGAAGACCCAGUGGCGAACCUGGACGCCUGCCCCGGCAGUGCUGGGCCCCGGAAGAGGCCGACCUCCACGUCCUCCUCUCCAGAGCCCCCCGAGUUCAGCACCUUCCGGGCCUGCCAGUGAGGCUGAGGACUGGGGAGCCUUCUGAUCAGCUGUCUCUCCCAAGCUGCCUGGAGGCUUUGGGGGGCUGAGGUCCUUCCUAUACGGGGUGGGGCCAGCUGCUGCUUUCUCAGGGAACAGAACGCAGGGGAUGAAGGGGACCAGGGGACCGUCCUCCCAGAAACACGGGGGAGAGGGUGAAGGCGUCAGCCUGGAGGUCAGACAGAAAGCAAGAAGCCCCUCUGUGAACCUCAGCUUCUCAAGACCACCAAAGAGGGACCACGGAUUUAGCUCAGUGGUUUUGCUGCCAAGCGCAAGGUCCCGAGUUCAAGCCCCAGUAAUGAG